UGAGUACCAAAUAUUUUGCGGCAUUUGACAUGACAUGAAUCCAACAUUCUCAUGCCACAAUAUGUUUAAAGUUUUUAAUUAAUUUUAAGUUUGUCGAUAUUGGUGUUUAAGAUUUAAUUAUAAGAUUGACUUUUAAAGUUUCUAUCGAGCUACGUUAUUGUUUGCUACUUCACAAGAAUGGCACCUAAAAAGGUAGAAGAACCGGAAAAGAAGCCACUCAUUGGCCGAGUGGGCACCAAUUUAAAAGUUGGUAUAGUUGGUGUACCAAAUGUUGGAAAGUCUACAUUCUUCAAUGUACUCACAAAAAGUCAAGCAGCCGCAGAAAACUUUCCUUUCUGCACAAUUGAUCCUAAUGAAAGUAGGGUACCCGUACCCGAUGAGAGGUUCGACUAUUUGUGUGAAUAUCACAAACCAGCCAGCAAGGUUCCAGCGUUCCUGAACGUGGUGGACAUCGCAGGGCUUGUGCGCGGCGCGGCGGAAGGACAGGGUCUCGGCAACGCCUUUUUGUCCCAUAUCAAAGCUUGUGAUGCUAUUUUUAAUCUUUGCCGUGCGUUUGAUGACGAGGAUGUGAUCCAUGUGGACGGUGAGGUGAAUCCAGUGCGGGACUUGGAGACUAUCGGCGAGGAGUUGCGGCUGAAGGAUGAGGAGCAGCUGAUGCAGAACAUCGAGAAGUUAGAGCGUGUCGUCAACCGCGGCGGAGACAAGAAACUGAAGCCUGAAUAUGACGCGCUUAUGAAGAUCAAAGCAAUUUUAGUCGACGAGAAGAAACACAUUCGUUUCGGUGACUGGAGUGCUGCCGAUAUAGAGGUACUUAACCGAUAUUUGUUCCUGACAUCCAAGCCAGCUCUUUACCUCGUCAAUCUUUCCGAAAAGGACUACAUCCGCAAAAAGAAUAAAUGGUUACCAAAGCUGAAGGAAUGGAUAGACAAGAACGACCCCGGAGCGCCUCUGAUCCCCUUCUCCGGCGCGCUGGAGACCAAGCUGAUGGACAUGGAGCCGCAAGACAGGCAGGCCUUCUUGAAGGAACAGAAUAUUACCAGUGCACUAGAUAAGAUCAUAGUGCAGGGCUACAAGGCGCUGCAGUUGGAGUACUUCUUCACGGCCGGAGCUGACGAGGUCAAAGCAUGGACGAUACAGAAAGGUACGAAAGCACCGCAAGCCGCCGGCAGGAUCCAUACGGACUUCGAGAAGGGCUUCAUAAUGGCUGAGGUGAUGCACUUCAAGGACUUCAAGGAGGAGGGCACCGAGGCAGCCUGCAAGGCCGCCGGCAAAUACAGACAACAAGGUCGUAACUACGUAGUUGAGGACGGUGAUAUAAUAUUCUUCAAGUUCAACGCGGGCGCAGGACUUAAGGAUGCGAAAAAGAAAUGACGCGGCAAAGUGCUGCUGUUGUUGUUGCACGCGCUGUACCUCAACCUUGCGCUAUACAGCAUCGCGCACGUCUAACUGCAGCACCAUCAUCGGCUGACUGCAGCCUGCACUAUGACUGCAGCCUGCACCAUGACUGCAGCCUGCACUAUAAUAUGACUGCAGCCUGCACCAUAAUAUGACUGCAGCCUGCACCAUGACUGCAGCCUGCACCAUAAUAUGACUGCAGCCUGCAUCACAAUAUGACUGCAGCCUGCACCACAAUAUGACUGCAGCCUGUACCAUAGUAUGAGUGCAGUUUAUAUCACAGUCACAAUCACCAGUGUACAGCUUGUUACAUCAACAGUGACUAUCACUAUGAAUAAAAUGUCAUAAUACGGCUUUGUUAAUGUUUAUCUUAUUUAUGUAUAAUAAACACUUUUUUGUAAAUUAUA